AUGUCCACAAAAGAUGAGAUUGAGGAAGAAGAAGGUGGAUAUGAUGAGGAAGAAGAUGCAGAAAUGGUGACAGAAGGACAUCACAUGACUACCACUCCGGACUCCAAACCAAUCAUCUCGGGAAGAAGUGUCACCCUACAAAUGUUAAUUACAGACCACAUCAUGGAGCCAGGAAAUGCUGUGCUCACAUUAAAAUAUCUGGGGCGCAAGUUCAUUGCAGACCUGCUGCCGAACGGAAAGAUUCAAACUCCGGCAACCAAGGAAGUGUUUGCUACGCCAAGUGCAUGGGCUCAGCACUGUAAACGCCAAAUCAAUCCGGAGAAAAAGUCAGGAUGUGGCUGGGCCUCUAUUAUGUAUAAGGGACGGAAACUGGACUCGUGGAAGACAUCUUGGUUCCGGAAAUAUCACCCACACAGUCCAGCACGCAGUCGAGAAACUCCGUCUCCGCGGAGUAUAUGUAGUGAUUUAAAUGGUGAACCAUCUGACCUCCGAUCACGGCCCCCAUUGGAGUUGGGGUCACGACCUCAUUCAGAUCUAGGGUCAAGGUCUCACUCUGAUGUGAUAUCACGACCUCCAUCUGAACUAGGGUCACAAACUCCCUGGGAUUUAGGGUCACAGCCUCACUCUGAUCUGGGUUCACAACCUCCUUCUGAUGCAGGUUCUCGACCUCCUUCUGGUCUUGGUUCACACCAUUCUGAGGUUGACCCUCAAACUGACGUAGAACCAAGUACAGAUAAGCUUGAUGAGGGCUGGGACAGAGUGUCGGGCCCAUCAGAGGAAGCAGCACCUCUUGAUCUCACCGCAAAACCUGCCCAUACCAGUACUCCAGUUUUCAAUGGAGGAAGUCAAACACAAAGGUCAUCUGUUGAGAAAAGUAAUGGGAACUCUCAUCAAGAGGAAGCUUUGAAUCUGUCCUUAAAGACCACACCUACGAACGAGAAAAGAAGGAUGAAGUUGUUAGCCACCCCGUCUGCCACACCCCCUGUCACACCCCCUUCAACUCCUGCCUCUGAAACAAAUAAUAACAAUGUGUGUGACCGAGUGUCCAUUCGGCACUCUGCACUCAAAAAGCGCAGCCAAAACAUUGACCCAAACACACUGGUGGAGUGCGAAGCUUUCAGUAACCUUGACAAAGUGCAGCCAUUUACUGUCUCCAUGACAACCAAUGCGUCCCUGCUUAUGAUCAGGAAACAGAUGACACGAGUCGGUCUGUCAUUAGUUGGCUGGUAUCACAGUCAUCCGUACUGCCAGCCUGAUCCGUCCGUGAAGGACAUCGACUGUCAGAUGUCCUAUCAGCUACGUAUGAAGGGCAAAGGCUCCACCUACUUCCCUUGUGUUGGGUGCAUUGUGGCUCCAUAUAACAGAAAGACAACAAAGAAAACGUCAUCACUGCAGAUCUUCAUGGUCAUGCCUCCAUUAGAGAGCCAGCCUUCAGACUAUGGUAUUCCCAUGAAGGUCAAGUACUCCCUGCGACAAAAUCAGUCGGUAACUGAGGACCUGCUCACAGAGAUGCGAGUGAUUGCAGAUUUUUAUCGUGGGGCACCAGACUUCCUAAAGUUCAGACAAAUAUGGCAGCCAUCCAUCUCAUACAUGGACAAAAUCAAGUGCUCCUUGGCUCGACGACUUCCAGAAGAUCAGAUGGAGAGUGGAACAUUCCUCGACUUUGUUCAACAUAUUCUGACACCAAAAUAA